AUGGUAGACGCUUCGAUCGGAAAUAUUCGGUUGGUCGCGGACGAGUCCGAAAGAUCGGAGAUGCACACGUUGUUCAUGGCUUGGUUGAACGAAAAAGAAGAAGAUCGAUUCGAAAAAGCGGCCAGAUUCUGUGAUUAUGUUCACAUUUCAUUCGAACCUCCCGACGCAGGUGAGCCAAAAUAAGGAAACACGCGUUUUUGCAGCUGAAAAGGGAAAUUUCCAGAAAAACUGCACAACUACAUAGAGAUGCGUUUGAAUGGCCGAUUACUUGGAUACUACAGAAAAUCGAAAGCACGCGAGUAUGCCUAUUAUCAAACACAAAGUCGGAAAGAAUCACGACGGAUGCUUCUCGAGUGGUUCGAUCGGAAUUGCGAUGUAUUCAAAGAAUACAAAGCGACUGAUCGCCACAUUAUUCUGAAUUUCGCUCGCGUUCCAAAAUCGAUAAGGAAGACAGAAGGCUGUAAGUAUUUGCUCUUUUCUCAUGCCUUGCCUCGCUUUCACACAAUUUUUGUAUUUUUCGACGAAAAACCUAACAGAUGGGUUCAACGCCACAUCUUCAACUUUUACGGAUCUCUUAAGAAAUAAAGAUCAAAUUUGCAGUUAUGAGAAAUUUACACGGACACGAUUAUAUACCGAUGGAGCUGAGGAAAGAGGAUACCGACGAAAAAGUGCUAUUCGGAUACUUUCAAGUGCCGGAAGAUGGAGAUGGGCCGGUGAAAAACGAUAGACUGAGAAUGUCGACGGGAGGACAUGAAUUGGCAUUCAUUUUGCGCACUAAAAGAAAUAAAGACUAUUCGGAGUUGUACAAAGACUUCUUCUCGCCGGAUCUCGUCGAAUUCAUGCACAAGCCAAUUUCGGAGCGUGCUCGGAUAGUGAAGUCGUUCGCGAAUGAGAAUCGAGUCGAACGCAAAGGAAUCGCCUGGUUCGCAAGUACUGUGUUCACUUCUAAAUGCCCAAUCAAUUUUUUUUGCAGAAGUAUGCGAUAGAGAAAUUAAAGAAUUUUAUGAACAUAGAUACGAAACGAGUGACAAGCACCCGGAGAUGAGAAUAGCGAUUUGGUACUUGGCGUUCAAGGAUAAGCCCGCCGAAUCGCUCGACGAAUGCCGUUUCGAGGCCAAGUAUAGCAAAAUGUAUUCCAAAAAAAGAAAAGAACUGGAGGCACAUUUUGAUUUUAAAAAGCCGAUAAAAGAGCAAAUCGAAGAGUAUGUCUCGAAGAGUAACAGAAAAUUCACUGUGGAUUUUCUCACUAGAUUUUGCGCUAGAAUUGUGAGUUGCUCUGUGAGAAAAGAUGAAAACUCGACAAUUUCAGGCAAAAAAUCGUGAGGCCGUGAUGGCGAAAGCCAUUGCUGCCGGACACAAAUUCGAUGUGGAAAGCGAUCAGCCUUCGGCGACGGCAUCGCCAAAACCGAAAAUUGCGAAGAUGAAGAAGCCGACGCCUGAAAGUUCUACUGAACGAAACGCGGAUUGA